CCGAUCCUCGGACAGUCAAGUACAGGGACACCAGCGUGCAGACCGUUCGAGUCUCGUAUGUGAAGACAGCACCAAGAGCAGCGCAAAGCAAGACAACAGUCAACAGCUCAUCGCCUGAAUGAUGUAUCGUUACGCCGUUCUGCUAGUGGCCCUCGUUGCCAGCGGUAGCCUUACGGAGGCACUGCAGACUCGUGCCUGUACCAACCAACGCCCGCAACCGGCCAGCGUGGAGAUCACCGGAUGUGCACAGAUGCCCUGCGAGUUGAUUCGUGGUAGCGAUGUUGCCAUGCGUCUUGAGUGGGAAGCACCAUUUGCCGCUCAAACGCUGCAGCAUCGUGUGGUAGCUACCGCUCUAGGCAUCACUGCACCCUACGAGCUGCCCCCGGACCGUGCCAACGCUUGCAACUGGCUGGACGGUUCGGCUUGCCCGAUCAGCCAGGGUGAAGACAUCGUCAGCACACUGAGCAUGCCGGUACUGCCAAUCUACCCGCUGGUCAGCCUAGUCAUUGAAGUCAGCAUUCUGGAUGAGCAGGCGCGUACACAAACGUGCUUUGCUAUCGAUGCUCGUGUGGUCGUUGCUUGAGGAGAACAUCGUGAUAUUUAAUUGGUUAAACUACACUUUAAAGUUAUAGAAUAUAUUUAUAACGAUUCAAAA